CCCUUUCGGCCAUUUCUAUCAUUGAGAGAAGAAAUAAUGUAGCCCAUAAUGGAACUAAAAGGGCCAGAAUAAUUCAACUUAAAGAAUAAGCCCCGCUCCAGACGAGUUGUAAUAGGUCUUGCACAACCUAUUCAUGAUAGAGAAAGACCUAUAGGACUGUUAAUAUUCUAUUUGGAAAUUUUGAAGUAAAAAAAAAAAAAAAAAAAAAAAAAAAAAAAGGAAAGACAUAACGCUACACAAACUCAUUGGUGGUAAAACAAAGGUGCAACAGCGAGCGUUACUGUUUGGUGAUCUACAUCAACAUUAAGCCAAUAUAUAUAAGACACAUGAAUAUUAAAAAGCUUUUCUCAAGAAUGGGUUCUCCAAGUUUAGUGCUCACAUUUGUCAUUGCUUGUCCAUUUCUCUUGUUCAUAUGUCAGAGUCAUAGUGUCGCUGCUUAUGACUUGGAUUAUGGCAAAGUUUAUGAGGAUUCAAAGGUCGUUUCUAAGAAAUUAAAUCUUUCUGUAUACUAUGAGGCUCUAAACCCAUCUUGUGCCACUUUCAUCGUUAAAAAUCUUGCUCGGAUUUUCGACAAUGGUCUGAACACAAUUCUGAAUCUCAGGUUGAUCCCUUGGGGUAAUGCUUAUGUCAACAAAUCUAGCAACGCCAUUGUUUGUCAGAAUGGCUCAGAUGAAUGCCAGCUGAAUACUCUGCAAGCCUGCACCGUUAAUGUCUUGCGUGAUGUGAACAAGCAUUUUGCUUUGAUUUACUGCUUUGAGUUUCUGGUCAUUGAGGGAAGGUACAAGGAUUGGAGAACUUGUUUCAGUUCAUUGGGUUUGAAUCAGAAACCUGUGUUGAACUGCAUCAAUAGCGUAAAUGGAACAAAGCUUGAACAAAAGUAUGCUAUUGAAACUGCUCAACUUAAUCCGCCUCACACAUUUGUACCUUGGGUGGUUGUGAAUAACCAACCUAUUGGAAAGGAUUAUAAUAACUUUACCGCGUAUGCAUGCAAGGCCUAUAAAGGGAAUUCUGCCCCUAUAGCCUGCCAAUAGUUUUCCUUUAGUUGGAACAGGAAAGUAAAUCCAGUUUGCAAAUUAGUCAAUAUUGCUGGGAGAAAGAGAAGAGUGUGAGAGAGUUUAUAUAUAAUAUCCACAUGAUCAACAUUAUUUCCAUGAUGAAAAGAACUUUCCCCCUCGUUUGUACUUGAAGGUGGUGAAUAGUGUUGCGUUUUACACCAUAGUGAAUAUGUGAUCCUGGGUUGUGUCUGUUUUACUUAUGUAAAUAAAUUAAGUAAAAAAAAAAAUACAUUUAUGUUAGCAAUACAUAUCUUCAUAAAAGUGG